AAUAAUAAUAGUAAUAAUAUCCUCUCAAAAUUCAAUGCUAGGAGUAACAUCUCCCCAAUCAAACUCUUCUCUUUACUUUCUAUCCCUCCUUCUCAAAUGUGCCUCCCUCAUUUCCACCGGAAAUCUCCAAGCCGCCGGCGAUCUCUUACCGGAAAUCUUCGAAUUAUCUUCCCCUUUUGGUUCUCCAGCAGAUCGUGUUGCUGCUUACUUUGCUCAUGCUCUUCGCUCGAAAAUCCUCUUUUAUUUUCUCUCUCCACCAUCUAACCCUAUUAGAAACUUAACACUUUCUUCGCAACUCAAAAACUUUCAUUCUGCUCUUCAAUCAUAUAAUUCUCUUACACCUUUUGUUAAAUUCUCUCAUUUUACUGCUAAUCAAGCGAUUUUUGAAGCAAUUAGUGGUCAUGAUCAUGUUCAUGUUAUUGAUUUAGAUAUUAUGCAAGGUCUUCAAUGGCCUGGAUUGUUCCACAUCUUAGCUUCUCGUCCAAGGAAACUUGGAUCGGUUCGUGUUACUGGAUUUGGACCUUCAUCUGAGUUACUGAACCAAACCGGUUAUCGACUCGCUGAGUUUGCGGCCUCCUUAGGUUUACCAUUUCAAUUCAAUGCAUUGGAAGGUAAAAUUGGGGAAAUGUCCGCGUCAGAAUUGAGUCGACUCGGUGUUAAAUCAGGUGAGAUGACGGUGGUGCAUUGUAUGAACCACUGUUUGUAUGACAUAAGUGGUUCCAUUUCUGGAACGUUGAAAGUAUUGAGUGCGGUGAGGCCUAAGUUAAUUACUAUAGUCGAGCAAGAUUUAGAGGCAUGUCAGACGACGUCGUUUUUAGAGAGAUUUGUGGAAGCUUUGCAUCAUUACUCUGCAUUGUUUGAUGCUUUAGGAGAAGGAUUGGGUACGGAGAGUGUGCAGCGGCAUAUGGUGGAGCAGCAGCUUUUUGGAACUGAGAUUAGAAAUAUUUUGGCGUUUGAUGAGAGAAUCAACGGUGGUGAUGAUAGAUUAUGCCAAUGGGCCCAUGAGCUAGUUCGGGUUGGGUUUGAACCAUUUUCAUUAUCGGGUAGCCCAGCAGCCCAAGCUAAUUUAUUAUUAGGAAUGUUUCCUUGGAAAGGCUAUACAUUGAUGGAAGAAAAUGGGUGUUUAAGGUUAGGAUGGAAAGAUUUGCCUUUGCUUACUGCUUCUGCUUGGCAACCUUGUGAAAUUGGUAAUUAGACCUGCUCAUAUAUUGGGUCGGGUAGGUCGGUUCGAGUUAUUAUUAUAGAUGACACAAAUGAAAUGGAAAAUUGAAAUAAAAAUAUAGCAAAAUUAAAAAAUAUUGUUUGAAAAUAAUAUAUUGAAGGAUAAAUGUUAUUAUUGUAAUAUAUGCUACUAUUGUUUACGUAUGUUUUAAAAGGGGAAAAGGGAACUAGUGGUUGGAUGAUUGAUGUGAAUUAUUGGAAUCAAAGAAUAAGCAAUUUUUUCGUAUUACUAGUACUAGUGUUAUUUGUUCAAUUUAUUUUGCUUUAUUCUAUAUGAAAAAAUUAAUAUUAAUAAUUUAAUGAUUCACUCAUCAGUUGUGAACAA